AUGAGAUUGCAAAGGCAUGAAAUAGGGCCCCAGAUGCAAGAGUUGAAAGUUUUCUCAGAUUGGGUUUUGGCAAUUGGUGAUGGUAUCAUUAAUAACUCAGUUGAUGGCAAUGAAAAAGUCCAAAUACCAGAUGAUCUUCUGAUAAAAGACUCUGUUGAUCCAAUAUCUGCAAUUGUGGAAAGUACAUAUCCUAAUUUUAUCAAUUGUUGCAAAGAUAUAGGAUACCUCCAACAAAGAGCCAUUCUUGCUCCAACUCUUGAUAUGGUAGAAUCAAUCAACGAAUAUAUGAUUUCACUCAAUCAUAGUCUUGAGAAAUCAUAUUUGAGUUCCGAUACAAUUUGCUGCUCUGAUCAGACUUAUUCAGCAUUGGAACAUGUAUACACACCAGAAUUUUUGAAUACUAUUAAAUGUUCUGGAGUUCCAAAUCAUGCUCUUACUCUAAAGGUAGGUGUUCCGGUGAUGUUAUUAAGAAAUAUUGACCAAUCAGCAGGAUUGUGUAAUGGAACAAGGUUGAUCAUAACUAAACUUGGAAAUCAAGUUAUUGAACCCAAGGUUUUAUCAGGACAUAUGGCUGGACAGAAAGUGUUUAUCCCAAGAAUGACAUUGACUCCGUCUGAUGCUAGAAUUCCGUUUAAGUUCCAACGAAGACAAUUUCCAAUCGCUGUAUCUUUUGCGAUGACAAUCAAUAAAAGUCAAGGACAGUCAUUGUCUCAUGUGGGAUUAUUUUUGAAGAAACCUGUGUUUACCCACGGACAGCUAUAUGUUGCUCUUUCCAGGGUGACAACUAGAAAGGGAUUAAAAAUUUUGGUUUAUGAUGAUGAUGGACAAAUAACUACUGCAACUACAAAUGAUUCAAAUACAAAGAGUGUAGCAUCUGAACUACCUACAUCAACUCCUGAUGAGUCAAAUAUUCUUCCUAUUGAAACUACAGAUGUUUUAGCAACACCAGCAACAGAAGAACAAGUUGAGAUUGCAUCCAUAGCUAGAGUGUUGUUUGGUAGAUCGUAG